AGGUUCGCCUGAAGCUGACAUGGCGCCAGAGCGUUUAUGAUUCAAAGAAAUCUAACCUGCAAAAAUGUUUGUGUUUACUGUGCACAUUUAGUUAAGGUCAUUUUUAAAUUUGAAUCAUCAGUAUACAUUUAUAAUACUUCACAUCAUAAUACUGAAACAUCAUGUUUUAUCAUAUCUCACUGGAGCAUGAGAUUUUAUUGCAUCCUCGAUAUUUCGGGCCACAAUUACUCGACACGGUGAAACAAAAGCUCUAUACAGAAGUCGAAGGCACCUGUACGGGAAAAUACGGCUUCGUCGUCGCUGUUACGACAAUAGAUAACAUAGGAGCCGGUAUUAUACAACCCGGACAAGGGUUCGUGGUUUACCCAGUCAAGUAUAAAGCUAUUGUGUUCAGACCGUUCAAGGGUGAAGUACUAGAUGCGAUUGUAACCCAAGUGAAUAAGGUCGGAAUGUUCGCUGAGAUAGGCCCACUCUCCUGUUUCAUAUCUCAUCAUUCAAUCCCAGAAGAUAUGCAGUUUUGUCCAAACGUAAACCCGGCUUGUUACAAGUCAAAAGAAGAGGAUGUAGUUAUCCAAGCUGACGAUGAGAUUAGAUUGAAAAUCGUGGGUACGAGAGUCGAUGCCACGGGAAUCUUUGCUAUCGGAACAUUAAUGGACGAUUACUUAGGUCUUGUGUGUAAUUAAUGUGCGCGUUGCACAUCUACUCAUCCAAUUUUAUAAAUCUAUCUCAAGAUGCAGUAAGUUUUAUACAUUUGAAAAUAUUCCGAGAUAUUUCUUAUUUUGUAGCAUAAAAGGUUUAAUAAUAUAUUAAAUUAUGAUAACAGCCAUUUUAACAAAACAACUCCCAUAAUUGUAACUAAAUAAAUUCGAUUUUUGUAUUAAAGUGAUUAGUAAAGCUGUAAGAACUAGAAAUAAAGAAAAAAUAUUAUUAGGUGUGCAACUUAAUGCCGUGCUUUUUUAACACAUUGAGUCUUUAUUUACAAAAAAAUUUUCUAAUAUUUUUCUCCAUCUAUAAUGGAGAAUUCUCUCUCGAAAAAAAAGUAUUAGGUCGAUGCAGGUCUUGCCGAUGGAUGAAUCAUCUCAAAAGAUGACUCCUUUCGAUGUUAAUUAAUUUGCAUACCUAAUAUAUGACUGUGUACAA